GCGACGCCAGCGACGCACAGAGGGCCCUCGACUUCGCAGUUGAGCACGGGGCUGCAGCGUCCUCCCAUUCCUUCGGUGGUACUUACGCAAGUAGACUCUUAAACACUGGUUUCAAGAACGCCGCUGCUGCUGGGCAUGUUGCACUUGUUGCUGCUUGUAAUAGUCGAGCUAGCUUGGACGAUAUGGCAUUCUAUCCUUGCUCCUACGCGCAAGACUCCACAUCUAUGCUCUGUGUCACUGCCAGUACUUCUGACGCAACCGAGUCUUCCUG